AAAAAAAAAACAAAGGAAAGACAAAAAUGGAAGUCAAAAUUUGGAGGCUGGAUUUGGAUAUGGUGAAUGCACCUGCCAAGGGAUGGUGAGAAAGUGACACGUGGAGGGAAAGGGGAAUCUGCGUGGAAAGGAACAAGUGGCAGGGGGCACUGGCAUUGAGGAUUGAGGUUCAAUCAAUCCACUAUCAGCCUCAUCACUUCCUUUUAUUAUUUAGUUGAAAAUUAAAAACAAUGAAGAAUAAUGAUAACACAAAGAAGACAGAAGAAGAAGUGACGACGAUGAAGGAAAAUGGAUCCGACGAGAACAGUUCGGGUCGGGGCAUACCAGGACCCACGAACCCGAUGGUGACCCCACUCCUCACCGAUCUCUACCAAUUCACCAUGGCUUACACUUACUGGAAAGCUGGCAAGCAUGAAGAACGUGCUGUGUUUGAUUUGUAUUUCCGGAAGAAUCCGUUUGGCGGGGAGUAUACUAUCUUUGCAGGUUUGGAAGAAUGCAUAAGGCUCAUUUCCAAUUACAAGCUAUCUGAGGAGGACAUUGAUUUUAUCAGGAGUUGUUUACAUGUUCCCUGUGAGGAUGGCUUCUUCGAAUAUCUGAGGGGAAUCGACUGCUCUGAUGUUGAGGUAUAUGCUAUUCCUGAGGGGUCAGUUGUUUUUCCGAAGGUACCACUGAUGAGAGUUGAAGGUCCUAUUGCGGUUGUUCAAUUGCUGGAAACUCCUUUUGUGAAUCUGAUUAACUAUGCAUCAUUAGUUACUACGAAUGCUGCAAGGCAUCGUUUUGUAGCUGGAAAAUCAAAAACUCUACUUGAGUUUGGGCUGCGAAGGGCUCAGGGGCCUGAUGGUGGAAUGGGAGCAUCAAAAUACUGCUAUAUUGGAGGAUUUGAUGCAACAAGCAAUGUUGCAGCAGGAAGGUUAUUUGGGAUUCCCCUUCGUGGCACUCAUUCUCAUGCCUUUGUUAGCUCAUUUAUGACCCUUGAUGAGAUUAAAGACAAAUCACUUCGUAAAAAAGUUAGUAAAAGUACAUGUAAAGAUUUUGUUAGUUUGGUUCAAGCAUGGCUAAGCAAACUUCAGCGCUCAAAAUCAUUACGGGGUGUUUUUGCUGAGACCAACCAAAGUGAGCUGUCAGCAUUCAUAUCAUAUGCAUUGGCAUUUCCUAAUAACUUUCUUGCCCUUGUAGAUACUUAUGAUGUCAUAAGAAGUGGAAUCCCCAACUUCUGUGCAGUUGCAUUAGCUCUCAAUGAGUUAGGAUACAAAGCAGUUGGCAUUAGACUGGACUCUGGUGACCUUGCCUAUUUGUCUUGUCAAGCCAGGAAGAUAUUUUGCUGCAUUGAAAAGGAAUUCACGGUGUCUGGCUUUGGGAAGACUAGUAUUACAGCUAGUAAUGAUCUUAAUGAGGAAACUUUAGAUGCUUUAAAUAAACAGGGUCAUGAGGUUGAUGCCUAUGGAAUUGGGACAUACCUGGUUACAUGUUAUGCUCAAGCUGCUCUGGGAAUUGUUUUCAAGCUGGUCGAGAUAAAUAAGCAGCCUCGUAUUAAGCUUUCUGAAGAUGUAUCAAAGGUCUCAAUUCCAUGUAAGAAGAAAAUUUAUAGAUUGUAUGGGAAAGAAAGCUAUCCCCUUGUAGACAUAAUGACUGGAGAAGAUGAACCCCCGCCAAAAGUGGGAGAACGAAUCCUGUGCCGCCAUCCCUUUGAAGAGUCCAAGAGAGCAUACGUGGUGCCACAGCAUGUUGAGGAGCUUCUAAGAUGUUACAGUGCGGGAACUUCAGGUAAAGAGACAGAACCAUUACCUCCUCUAAAGGACAUUAGAGAACGAUGUAUCCAACAACUUGAGAAAAUGCGACCUGACCACAUGAGGAGGCUGAAUCCAACUCCAUACAAGGUCAGCGUAAGUGGAAAAUUAUAUGACUUCAUCCAUUUCUUGUGGCUCAAUGAGGCACCUGUUGGGGAGUUGCUAUAAUCAGGCGAAUAUAGUGGCAAAGCCUCGUAAUGAUAACAAUAGAAAUCCCUCUUAUCCAAUUAGUAUAUAUAAUGGUCUUCAAAACGUUCAGAUAAUACUGCUCUGUAUAUUUGUGCUGGAACCAUUCUGUUAAGCAUUAUUACAAUUAAUUAUCUUUUGUAAUUAAGAAAAUUGCAUAAUCGGAAUUCAAUGUUUGAUUAUAUGAAUGAUAGGCAACAAAGAUCUUUUAGAGACUAAUUUUCA